AUGCCAGCACAUUGCGAGGUACCAACAGCCUCAGCAAAACAACUUUACUACAAGGAAUGGUACGCCAAAAACAAAUCGAGGCGCCAAGCUCAAGGGUACGCGCAUGUGCAGGAAUGGCAGCGACAGAACCGCGACCGAGUCCUCGAACACAAGCGGAAAUAUCGAGAAAGACACCGGGAACAGGAAGUCCUCCGCCGCAAGAAAUACAUUGAGGACAAUCGGGCCAGGAUUCUGGAGCGGGCGCGGGAGUAUCGAAGGCGCGCCAAGCUCAAUCAAAGCAGAGACAAACAGCCACAGGACGUUCCGCGUGGAGGAGACAACGCAUCGUCCUUGAAACUUCAGUUGUCGUUUGUAUUGAACUAA